CAUCGUGGAUGGAGGGCAGUCGCUUCUUCCACGUGUUCCCACCACACUCUCCAACUCGGGUCACAUGGAAGAACAGAGGGACACACGCGCCGAGAGAAAACUCUCCUCAUUAACUAAUGAGCCGGAUGUCAGCCGCCACACACACACACACAGACACACACACUGAUUAUCUCAUCCUGUAAUGGUGUCAUCAUCCUGCUGUGCUGCUCUCUCACAGCUGUACUCUCUCUCUUCAUUCAUGAAGUGAAACUAGUUCCCCUGCUCUCCGUUCAGCAUGGAGGCGGUGGCUCUUUUCUCCUUUGCAGCAUCAGAGGCAGACGAGAUCAGUUUCCAGAAAGGGGACAUCAUCAAGGUGACAGAGAUGGAGGAUGAUUCCUGCUGGUUCACAGCAGAGAUCCAGGGGAAGCGCGGCUACGUGCCCGAAAACUACGUUUCCCUCCUUCCUCAUAGGUGGUUUGCGGGACGAGUGUCGAGACUCGAGGCCGAGCAGCGUCUCCGCUGGCAGGACGCCGGCGUGUUCCUGGUGAGGGAGAGUGAGUCGGCUCCGGGGGAGUUUUCCGUCUCCGUCAGCUACGGCGACAGGGUGGAGCACUUCCGAGUCCUGGAGGGCGGCGGUCAGUACUGCAUCUGGGACGAGUCCUUCCGCUCCCUCAACCGCUUGGUGGACUUCUACAGAACCCACAGCAUCGCCGUGGAGAAGGUCAUCUGCCUCCGAGACCCUCCCUCAUCAUCCCCACACCUGUCGUCCCACCCCGGAUGCAACCCCUACCCUAACCCUUACAAAAGCAGCUCUCAGGAGUCCCUCCCCUCACCCCGUCUCUACUCUCACGCGGAGAGAGAAACGACUCCGGCGAAACCUCGCCUGGCUCAAGCGCUCUGUGACUACACCCCCCGUCAGACCGCCCACCUCCACUUCCAGCGCGGCGACGUCAUCGACCUGCUGGACUGCUCUGGUUCGCUGACCUGGAGGGGGCGCUGUCGAGGCCGAGUAGGCGACUUCCCGCCUCAGUACGUCCAGCUGCUGUACCUCUGACACCACAUCGAACUUAAACACCCUCGGAACCACGUCUGCGAUCACCUGACACAUAUCCUGAGGCUGAAGUGACGUCAACUUACUCAGCCAAUGAUUGAACUAUAGAGCUGAAACAAUUAGUCCAAUAAUCGAUUAACUGACGGCAAAUUUUCCUUCGUGAUUAAAGGCCGUGAAACUGUGU